AUGCCGUCCCUGAUUUCGUCCGGCAAGAUUCUCCGAUUGGAGCUCGAGAAUUUCAAAUCCUACAAGGGUCAUCAGAUAAUCGGUCCUUUUUAUGAUUUCACUGCUAUAAUUGGUCCCAAUGGAGCUGGGAAGUCGAACCUCAUGGAUGCUAUAAGCUUCGUGCUUGGUGUUCGGACUGGGCAACUGCGUGGGGCACAGUUGAAGGACCUAAUCUACGCUUACGAUGAUAGGGAGAAGGAACAGAAGGGACGGAGGGCGUUCGUUCGGCUUGUUUAUCAGAUGGGAAAUGGGUCGGAGCUUCAGUUUACCAGGACAAUCACUAGCACAGGCGGCAGCGAGUAUCGAAUUGAUGGAAAGAGUGUCUCCUGGGAUGAGUAUAAUUCGAAGCUGAGGUCACUUGGAAUACUUGUCAAGGCUCGGAAUUUCCUCGUCUUCCAGGGAUCAUAG